UUCAUUAGUUAGUCUGCGGCUCGUUAUCAGAAUCUCGUCUUUUCAUUCAUCGUUUGAAGUUUCUCAUAUGCUAUAUCCUUGAUUCAAGCUUAAACUUAUAUUUACCUCGUCUUUUUGACAACAUGACAUGCAUUAGCUUCAAUUGAGUUAUUUUGAUUGAAAGUAGCUGGACUAGUUUGAAAAACAAUUGAAAUCCAUGAAAUUCGAGGUUUCGUCUUUUGAUCAAUUGCCAGCAAGUGCCGCACAGGCACCUCAGUGUUUUGAUUUUCUAGCUUCUGGUGCACCUGAAGAAUGGAUUUACAAUACAUCAAUAAUUUCGUAUCAAAACCAAGUACCUAUUUGGGGUCACAAAUCGUAUUUAGAGAUGAGUUUAAAGGUUCUUCUGUUUCUCAUCAUUAUUACCAUUUCGUGUAUUGGAAACUAUUUCAUCGUAAUUGUCAUCAUCAAGUUUAAAAAUUCUCGAAACUGUACCAACAUCUUCAUCUGUAGCAUGGCCAUUGCAGAUUUAUUGACAACAUUAAUGUUUGCUUGGACUUCUUGUAUUGAAAAUUUGUUUCAAAACUAUGUUCUUGGACCGUUUUUUUGUAAAACUGAAUCAUCAGCCAAAGUAUUCUUUCUAAUUGCUAGUGUGUUUUCGUUGACAUGGAUAUCCUGUGACAGAUUGAUUGGAAUAAUUAAACCUUUCCGAACUCCAAUGGGGAAGAAACGAGCUCUAGCUGUCCUCUCGUUCAUAUGGGUUAUCGCCUUCCUAAUUGCUUCACCAAUUUAUUUCUGGCGUGAAUACCGAACCCGUCAAUGGUGUGAUUACUUAGAGAUCUAUUGUAAAGUUGAUUCAGAUAAGGUGGACGUGUACAUGUUUAUACUGCUUGCAUUUCUGGUGUACAUUCCUUUAUUUCUGAUGACUUUUUCAUAUUGCCUGGUGAUUGCCAAGAUGAAACGCUACGAGACAAGGAUAAGCACCGAGGAAAACAUUGUUAAAAUUAAACAUCGACGUAAAAUCAUAUUAAUGUUUUUCAUUUACUUGAUCACAUCUGCCAUUUGCUGGAGCCCAUUACAAGUUAUCGUCUUUUAUCGCUUUGUUGCAUUUAAAUCAGUUGAUUCGGUAAAACCUUGGAGUGAAGAGGCAAAAUUUUGGGCCCAAGUUUUUGCGUCAACAAAUAGUGCGAUUAAUCCACUAAUCUAUGGAAUAACCAAUGGAAGUUUUCGUAAAGCAAUAUGUCUUCUCUAUCCUAAGCUUUCAUGGUUUUUGAGGUUGAAUAAGCUACCCAAACGAAGGGUAAAUGCUGUUGAAUCACCAAAGACACGGGAAAGCGCAUUGCCAAGAUCAACAUUCACCUUGUCAAAGUGCAACAAGAUUCAAAUCAAUACAAUAAGUGGAGACAAAAUUCCACUGGAAAAGCCUAAAAACAAAAUCAUUUUUUGAGAACUUCUCUGCUUUACAAGAGUUCAAUGGAAAUAAUUCAUUGAAAAUCAGUUUUUUAUCAAGAGAAAAUGUUCUAACAUGAUAUAAUCUGAUUCUGAUAUAACCUUUCAGUCAAGCAUAUAUUGUGAUAAAAGUGACUCUUGUUGGGUUGAAAUAUCAAACUUAAAAUGUCAAUGAUCAAGAUCAUGAUAAAGGCUAUCGAGACUCGUUGAGAAUCAAUAGACAUGAGUCUGAUCAUUAGAUGCGAUUUAUUUAAUACAAGUUAAAUCUUCUUCGCUGACCAACGAUUUAGUCCAUAAAUACGUGGCUCAGUUAAUUAGUUAUCAUUUAAUUGUUUUAUAUUUUUUUAUUUUCAAGGCUGAUUGUGCAAAGCAAGAAAAAGCUUUUGAACAAUCAAUCGUAUUCAAUGUUAUUGAUACAUUAAAUCUCAAUGUUUUCAUUCAUAUCAGU